AUGACGAAGCAUGCUAGCAGCAGUGGCAAAUGCAUUUUUAAGGACAUUUCCUGUAAUGGCGUUCGAUUUUCCGCCUUGAUCGAUACAGGCUGUGAUCUCUGCCUUAUCCGUGAUGACGUAGUUGAGUUGCUAGGAAAUAUCGAGCUCGUUAAUGAAAAGCGCAGUCUGGUCGGCAUUUGUAACAGAGAGUUAAAUACUCUAGGCAGUUUUGUAACCCAAGUGGCGGUAGACAACGCUUAUUUGGACGUAAACUUUCAUGUUGCUAGCAGAAAUGAUAUUAAGUAUUCAGCAGCCAUCGGGAAUAGCAUUUUGAAGCAAGUGGACUUGAUAUUCUCAAAGAAGUCGGUAAAAUUUCAAGCAAAAGAGAACCAUAACAGCCAGGAGUCCGUUACUACAGAGAAAUCAGUUGAGCCAGAGCUAAAUAUAUUUCAAGAAUACCCUCAGGUGUGUCUGUUUGCUGAAAGUGAGGAGCCUGAGAUCGACGUCGCUCAUCUGGAGAGAUCAAUUGCUAAAACUGUCAGAGCUUUGACAAAUAACUACAAGCCAGAGAAGAGAAAGGACAGUCCCAUACAAAUGAAAAUUUUGCUAAAUGACGAAUAUCCAGUCUAUGAACACCCUCGACGCAUUUCACAUGCAGACAAGUCGAUCGUAGACAACCAGGUUACAAAAUGGCUAUCAGAGAUGAUUAUCCAGCCAAGUUCAUCUGAGUAUGCCUCACCUGUUGUCCUGGUACCGAAAAAAGAUGGCAACUUCGCGUUCAAGGCCAAACCACUUUCUGACUUGCUUCGUAAGGACAUUCCAUUCCGAUUCGCCGAGGAACAACUCGCAGCACUCGAACAGCUCAAAAUAGCUUUGAUAUCUGCUCCGGUGUUACGUUUAUAUAAUCCAAAAGCUCAGACGGAGAUACACACACGGAGAUACACUAUGCACGGCUAUGGAGGAGUUCUCUUGCAAAAAGAUCCGGACGAUCAACAGUUGCACCACAUACAAUACUUAAGCCGAAGGACAAAGCCAGCUGAAGAGAAAUACCACUCUUAUGAACUCGAAGUGUUGGCUAUAGUCGAAGCUUUGAAGAAAUGGCGGGUCUAUUUACUUGGGAUAAAAUUCAAGAUCAUUACCGACAGCUAUGCAUUUAUUCAUUUAAGAGUUUCACGUUGGCCAUUGUUUCUCCAGGAUUACGACUAUGUCAUCGAACAUCGAAGUGGCAGCAAAAUGAGGAACGUGGACGCCUUGAGCCGAGUUUCAUGUCUAAUGCUGGAAGACACUUUGCAUCACAAACUGCAGUAA